GCCAGCGGCGCGCUCCGCAGCUCAAGGGGAGGGCGGGGCGCGCGUCUGGAGCGCGCAGGUGGCGGCCGCGAGAGGCGAUGGAGAAACUGAGGCACAGAGCUGCGUGACUUGGAGCCAGGAGAAGAGUGGCUUCUGAGUGGUGACAGACUCAGGACAGAGGCUACCAGGAUGUCCUAUUUUGGGGAACAUUUUUGGGGCGACAAAAACCAUGGCUUUGAGGUCCUCUACCAUUGUGUGAAGCAGGGACCCGUGGCCACCAAGGAGCUGGCUGACUUCAUUAGGGAAAGGGCCAGCAUCGAGGAGACAUACUCGAAGGCCAUGGCCAAACUGUCCAAGCUAGCCAGCAACGGGACCCCCAUGGGGACCUUCGCCCCGCUCUGGGAGGUCUUCCGUGUGUCCUCGGAUAAACUGGCACUGUGCCACCUGGAGCUGACUAGGAAGCUCCACGAUCUCCUCAAGGAUGUGCUGCGCUAUGGCGAGGAACAGCUCAAGACCCACAAGAAGUGCAAGGAGGAAGUUCAGGGCACUGUGGAUGCGGUACAGAUGUUGGCAGGUGUGGGGCAGCUCCUGCCAAAGUCUCGCGAGAAUUACCUGAGCCGCUGCAUGGACCUGGAGAGGUUGCGUAGAGAGAACACCAGCCAGAAGGAGAUGGACAAGGCAGAAACCAAAAGCAAGAAGGCAGCCGACAGCCUGCGGCGCUCUGUGGAUAAGUACAACUCAGCCCGAGCCGACUUUGAGAUCAAGAUGCUUGAUUCAGCCCUGCGGUUUCAGGCCAUGGAGGAGGCGCACCUGCAGCACAUGAAGACUUUGCUGGGCUCCUAUGCUCACUCUGUGGAGGACACCCACGUGCAGAUUGGGCAGGUGCAUGAGGAAUUUAAGCAGAAUGUGGAAAAUGUGACGGUGGACAUGCUCCUCAGGAAAUUUGCAGAGAGCAAGGGCACCGGGCGCGAGAAGCCUGGGCCUCUGGACUUUGAUGCAUACAGCUCAGCUGCCCUGCAGGAAGCAAUGAAACGUCUCCGUGGAGCCAAGGCUUUCCGCCUUCCGGGACUGAGCCGUCGGGAGCCACGUGCAUCUGUUGACUUCCCAGAGUCUGGCUCAGGGGUGCCUCCAGAGGUUGAUGAGGAAGGCUUCACUGUGCGCCCCGAUACAUCUCAGAACAAUGAGGCUGAGCCCCCACGCUUCUCCUCUAGUGACUCUGAUUUUGAUGAUGAGGAGCCUAGAAAGUUCUAUGUUCGCAUCAAGCCCGCCCCCGCCCGCACCAUGGCCUGCAGCUCUGAAGCUGCAGCCGCCCAGCUCAGGGCCACAGCCGGCAGCCUCAUCCUCCCACCAGGCCCAGGGGGCACCAUGAAACGUCUCUCAUCGCGGGACACUUCUGGGAAGCCACAGAGACCUCGGUCGGCCCCACGCAGCAGCUGCACAGAGAAGCCGCUGGCCUCGGAGGAGCCACUGUCCAAGAGCCUCUUUGGGCCGCCGCUGGAGUCUGCCUUCGACCACGAGGACUUCACAGGCUCCAGCAGCCUGGGCUUCACAUCCAGCCCAUCUCCUUUCUCAUCCUCAUCUCCGGAGAAUGUGGAAGACUCGGGCCUGGACUCUCCAUCUCUUGCUGCACCCGGUCCAUCACCUGAGUCCUGGGUCCCCCGGCCAGGCACCCCGCAGAGCCCACCCACCUGCAGGGCACAGCACCAGGAGGCCAGGGACCCAAUGCCUCGUGUGCCCUCGCCAGGUCCCUGGGGGCCUGAGGCAGGUGCAGGCGCAGACUCACUGACGCUGGCUGACCCUACCAGGGAGGGCCUGGCUGCCACGCUGAGGAGACCACGGUCCAGGAAAGUGUCCUGCCCGCUCACCAGGAGCAGUGGUGACCUGUGCCGGUCGCUCAGCCCAUCCCCACUGGGAUCCUCUGCCCCCACCAUACCCCCUGACCGGCCCAGCUUCUCCGCCCAGAUGGGACACGGUGUCUCCCGUGGCCCCAGCCCAGUGGUCCUGGGAUCCCAGGACACCUUGCCUGUGGCCACAGCCUUCACUGAGUAUGUCUAUGCCUUUUUCCGUGGCCACAACCCCAGUUGCCUGGCUCGAGUCACCGGGGAGUUGACCAUGACCUUCCCUGCGGGCAUUGUACGUGUGUUCAGUGGGACCCCACCACCACCUGUCCUCAGCUUCCGGCUGGUGCACACGUCCCCCAUAGAACACUUACAGCCCAACGCUGACCUGAUCUUCAGCGACCCCUCCCAGAGUGACCCGGAGACCAAAGAUUUCUGGCUGAACAUGGCGGCAUUGACGGAGGCCCUGCAGCACCAGGCUGAGCAGAACCCCACCGCCUCCUACUACAACCUGGUGCUGUUGCGGUACCAGUUCUCCCGCCCUGGACCCAAGUCAAUGCCCCUGCAAAUGAGCGCCCACUGGCAGUGCGGGCCCACACUCACGCGGGUUUCGGUGGAGUAUAGCUACCGUGCGGGUGCCACUGCUGUGUCCACGCCACUCACUAACGUCCAGAUCCUGCUGCCCGUGGGGGAGCCGGUCACCAGUGUGCGGCUGCAGCCUGCGGCCACCUGGAACACAGAGGAAAAGAGGUUCACAUGGAAGCUUCCAGAUGUGCGUGAGGCAGGGGGCUCGGGCCACCUAUCCGCCAGCUGGCAGCCGCAGUCGGGGCCCAGCACCCCAAGCCCCGUGACCGCACAAUUCACCAGUGAGGGCGCCACGCUAUCCGGCCUGGACCUGGAGCUGCUGGGUGGCGGCUACCGCAUGUCCCUGGUGAAGCGGAGAUUCACAGGGAUGUACCUCACCAGCUGCUGAGGUGCCCGGUGCACGGGGACCGCCUGCCCUCCCGCUGCCGCCGCCGGCUCCCAGCUGCCCCAGACUGGACUCCAUGGACAGGAACGCCCCCACCCCCUACCCUGUUUCAGUCUGGCUCAGCCAACUCCUCCUGCCUCCGUCCGCAAACAGGGGCCCUGGCCCUUUAGUAUUCUUUUUUUUUUUAAGUAUUCUUUAAAUAAACAGUUUUCUAGCAAAAUAAA